AUUUUAUACAUAUAGUGCACGCAGUUACAUAAGAUCGUUUCAUCAUUUCACACGUUCAAGAUUGGAUUUUUUUUAUUAUUUCUAAUUACGCUAUAGAUAACAUGUUUUUUUUAAUAUAGAACACAAUAUGUGUUAGAGAAUUUGUAUUAUCGUCAAAAUACAAUUAAUCUAUGUAUUUAAAUUUUUUUUUUUAAAUCGUUUUCGGUCUUUAAAUUAACCUAAAAACCAAUAAUACAAUAUAUUUUCUAAUAAAUAUUUUCGAUGUUUUAGAAAUAUAGUAAUUUUUUUUCAAAACAAAUUUAGAAAAUAAUUUUUAUUUCACAUACAAAAUAAUUGAUUAUUUUUUUCGAAUUUCGUUAUCAUAUCUUGAUUAAAAAUUUUCGAAUUUCUUUUUCCUGAUAAUAAUUUUUGUGAAUUAAUUUCGAAAUAUGGCAUCAAAUUGGGAAGAAUUUUAUGCAAAAAAUUCGCCACCUUUGGAUUUAGUAAAAAGUGAAGAAGAAAUGAAAAAUUUUAUUCAACAACACAAGGAUCAAAAAGUUGCUCUAGUGACGAGUGGAGGAACGACAGCUCCCUUGGAGCACAAUACAGUGCGUUUUGUUGAUAAUUUUAGCGCCGGAACAAGAGGAUCAAUUUCUGCGGAAUAUUUUUUAGAACAUGGAUAUUCUGUUAUUUUUUUGUACAGACUUAAAUCUCUGGAGCCUUAUUCACGUCAUUUUUCAAAUCAAUCAUUUCUGGAUAUGCUUGAUUUAGAUAUAGAGAAUGAUAAGCCAAUAGUUAAAGUUUCUUCAGAAUAUACGGAAAAAGUAUCAACAGUUUUAUGUAAAUACAAGGAAGUAUUGAAACAAAAAAAAUUACUUCAAAUAAAUUUCACAACUUUAGUCGAUUAUCUUUGGUUAUUGCGAUCUGCAUGUCAGGCACUUGCACCAUUAAAAGAAAAAGCAAUUCUCUAUUUAGCCGCCGCUGCCUCAGAUUUUUACAUUCCACCAAGUGAAAUGGCUGUGCACAAAAUUCCGUCCAGUGGUCCACCAAAAAUUGCAUUGCAAUUGGUACCAAAAAUUUUGAAACCAUUAGUUAAUCUUUGGGUGCCUGAUGCUUUUGUGAUAUCGUUUAAACUUGAAACUGAUGAGAAUCUACUCAUUUCUAAAGCGAGAGAUGCUCUUAAUAAUUAUCAACAUAAAUACGUUGUGGCAAAUAUGCUUCAAACACGAAAAGAACGUGUUAUAAUUGUCAGCAAAGAGGACGAUUAUGAGAUAAUAAUGAAAAAAUCAGAAAUUUCCCAAGGCAUGGAAAUUGAGGAGAAAAUUAUUGCUGAUCUUGUUGAGAAACACGAUAAAUUUAUUUUUAACGCUGAAAAAUCUAGAUAAAGAUUUUUUUUAAAAACCAUUAUUAUAAUUAAAUUAUACAACAAAUUAUAUUUUUUUAAAAAAAAAUUUUUACUACUUCAGUAUAUUAUACAAGAAUUAUCAAAAGAAACACUUUUAAGGCCAUAAAAUAUUUUCGAUGAAAAUGUAUACAAUUUUUGUAUUUUAUCGAAAAGAAAAGUGUUUUUUUUUUUAGUUAGAAAUAAAUAUAUUAGGAAAAUAUUUUAUAUUUUGGUGGAGGGAAGUUAUUAUUUUGUUUUGCGGAACUGGUUUCUGUUAGAAUAUUUAAAUUUUUAUAAAUAAAUUAAAAAAAUUUUUUAUUAUUAAUGUAUUUUAGUAGAUUUUUAUAAAUAUUAUAUACAAGCGAAUCUCAUAUUAGGUUAUGGUAUUUAUAUAUUUUGUUGAAAUAAAUAUAAAUUUAUAUUGUUUCAAUUAUUUCAAUAAAUCAAAUUUAAUGUUGUAAAAUUUUCAUUCUCAUUUAAAUCUAUGAUAAUAAAACAAAUAUUUUUACAUCAAUUUUUAAAUAUUUUUUUUUUCUUGGUAAAAAUACAAUUAAAAAAAGUCCAAGAAGACAUUACAUAUUACAGUAAAAAUUACAUAUGUAAUAAAUUAUAAAGUAAAAGUACUUAAAAAAAAUUUUUACUUGUAAAAAAAAAUAAAAUUUUAAAAGUAGUAAAUUUAAUUGCACUUUGGUUUUCUUUUACUUAUAUAAAAGUGCUUGAAAACCGUUAGAAGAUUUUUUUUUGUCAUUUCAUUUUUUUUUUUUUUUUCUAUAAAUGUAUAUAUAUAAUAUAAUUGUGUACGUUAAAUUAAUUAUGAGAAUAUUACAUA